CCAAAACAAAGUAUUGUGUGUGUGUUGUUCCCCUGUGCCGUUUAUUUAUGCAAUAUGGUUUCCUCGCAGAGCAUUUCGUAUCAAUGAGCUGAAGACGGAGGUCACCAAUAGGCUUGCCAUGCUGGAGAAGAGAGUGGAACUGGAGGGCUUGAAGGUGGUGGAGAUUGAGAAGUGUAAAAAUGAUCUGAGGAAGCUUCGGGAUGAGAUGACAUCCAGGAGUGGCGGCAGGAUAAACUGCCCGUGUAAAUACAAUUUCGACGACGGGAAGAAGGUCACUCCGAGACGAGAUGUUCCCAAUUAUCCAAAGUAUACACUGUCUCAGGAGACUGUCGAGGCACUGAAGAAGCCAACGUUUGACGUCUGGCACUGGGAGCACAACGAGAUGCUGAGCUGUUUGGAGUAUAUGUACCAUGACUUGGGUCUCGUGAAAGAAUUCAACAUGAACCCAAUCACACUCAAACGCUGGCUGUUGGCCAUCCAGGAGAACUACCGCAACAACCCCUUCCACAACUUCCGUCAUUGCUUCUGCGUGAGUCAGAUGAUGUACGGCAUGAUCCACCUCUGCAACCUGCAGGAGAAGCUGACUCUCACUGAUAUGGGCAUUCUAAUGACAGCUGCGGUGUGUCACGACCUGGACCACCCUGGAUACAACAACACGUAUCAAAUCAACGCUCGUACGGAGCUAGCGGUGCGCUACAACGACAUCUCACCGCUGGAGAAUCAUCACUGCGCGGUGGCUUUCCAAAUUCUUUCCCUUCCCGAGUGCAACAUCUUUGCAAAUGUGGAUCCCGAAGCAUUUAAACAGAUUCGACAGGCUAUAAUCACCCUCAUCCUGGCCACUGACAUGGCCAGACAUGGCGAGAUACUGGACUCAUUCAAGCAGAAAGUGGACAGCUUUGACUUUACCAAUGAGGAGCAUGUGACAUGUCUCAAGAUGGUAUUGAUCAAAUGCUGUGACAUCUCCAAUGAAGUGCGGCCGACCGAGGUGGCCGAACCGUGGGUGGACUGUCUUUUGGAGGAGUACUUCAUGCAGGGAGUCAUUGCACAAGGCCAAACACACAAAAGUGAUUCUGAUGUGAUCAACAUCUGCGUCUCCCAGAGUGACCGGGAGAAGUCGGAGGGCCUCCCGGUGGCCCCCUUCAUGGACAGAGACAAAGUCACCAAGCCCACCGCUCAAAUCGGCUUCAUCAAGUUUGUGCUCAUCCCAAUGUUUGAAACAGUCAUGAAGCUUUUCCCUCAAAUUGAGGAGAUCAUGGUUCAACCCCUGAGGGACUCCCGGGACCACUACGAGGAGCUGAAACAAAUUGACGAUGCCAUGACAGAGGUGUCAGCCGUCCCCGACUCUCACCAUCACACCAAAAUUGCAAUCAGGGGUCCUCUUUUGUGUUCAAAUUCAGUAAAGACUUUAAGAAGAGCGAGUCUGGUUGAAGACGUUGCGUUUCUGCGUUCUGGCCAUCAACAAACGUCGCGGCGGGAGACAACAAAGAGACGACACAGCAACAUACUCAACUAAAGUUAGGCACAGAGGGAGCAUCCAAUCUUGAACUUUGACUUAGACUUUUUUGCACUGCGUGUAACAGAGAGGCACCCCCGUGUGACCUUUGUCUGUUUCUUUGUGGAGUUAACGUUGGCUAACUCUGUUUGUUUGUGUUUGUUGACAGCAGUCCAAACACUCCGAAGAACAGAUUUUCUAAAACCACAUAAACAGAAAAAACGAUUUUGAUGAUUGCCAAGAACUCAUAUUUUAGUUGUUUUCAUUGUUCUACUCAUUCUACAUUUCUCCACUGAUUUUAACCAUUGCCCUCAUUUAAAAUGUUAUAUGUUUGUUCAAGGCCAUCGUGGGAAGUCCCAUUUGUCAAAUUCCAAAAUUUUCAAAAUUCAAUCCCCAACAGAUGUCAUGUUAUUCCCUCUUUCUUCCACAUUUUAACCAAUUCAAACCAUUCCAAUCCAUUCUUCAACUCAUUUACGGUAAAUUUUGUUACUCCCCUUCUCAUCUGGAUUAUCCGUGAAACUAUUCCCAUUGCCCAAAUAAGAAUUUAAAAUCCCACAUUGAGAAAUUAAAUAUCAUUUCCUCCUUUCUUAACAAAUUCAGACAGUCCCAAAAUAUUAUACACACCUCUGGAACUAUUUGCAUUACCAAAAAUUCCCCAAUGUUUUAGAUCUUAGAAAAAAAUAAUCCCAGAUUAACACAUAUUCUCAAUCCAGUCUCAUCAUUUCAGCAUUCACAUUCAAUAAAUUGGCUUUUCCAUUCACAAUAAAUAUGUAAUUUACAUAAAAACACUUGUGUUUACAAAUACAAAAAACUGCAUGAUAAAAAAAAGUACGAGGAACCGAGUGUGCCAUUUUAACAACCUAAAAUAUAUUAGGCUUGAUUACCAAGAACCCCCGAUUUUUGGAACUGGGUAAUGUGAUCACCCAAAACUUUUUAGUCGACAGUGACUUUUCCAUUUCAAAUGAAGUUUUAAAAAAACAAUAAAAAUAACAGCACAAAUGAUCUUAACUUCAAAUUUGUGGCAAGGUCAUUCAUUAGAUAACUCAUCAUAAAAACUUUCAAUUGAUAACAAAAAUAUAUUCCCUAGCAUUAGCAAUGAGUGCGUUGAUGUGAUAUUGUCCCCCUCCCACACUUGUUUCAUUAUUGCUGAGGUCAAAGUACAGAAGCCAUAACAGAUACCAACAUAACAAGGGUAUUCAAAUAUAUUUGUUUGUAUUACUGUACUUCUAAUUGUACAGAAAUAAACAGUAUACCAUUAUGUCCGGAAGUAUUUGGACAAUGACAGCAUUUUUAUGAUGUUUAUUUUAUACACCACAAUGGAUUUAAAAUCAAAUAAAAAAAUCAACGUGUAUGUGCUAAGCUAAUUUUUAGUUCCUCCGUGUCAUUGAACACAAGACGCUUGAGUUGCUGUAAAUGAAAAUAUCUUGAACUUCAAACUCUACAACUGUGAAAUAGAAAUAUCAAGCGUUCUAAAUGAAACCCAAACAUGUUGACGUAUAAAGGCAAAGUAUUUUCCAUCCAUCCACUAUCCGAACACACAACAAAAUCUGUCAUUAUCAAAAUACGUCUCUUCCCUGUUCUUGAAUGUGAUUGCAAUCAAACAUAUCUUCAAAGCAAUAAAAAAGGCAAAUUUAGUGGCACUUCAGAACUGAAUACUUCAUCACUAGGCUGUUUCAGUUGAGCUGACAUGAAUUGUUGCAAUUCUAACCAAAGUACAUUUUAUCAUCAGAUUUCACACACUAAAUGGAGCUCGUGAUAUGGCUGCAAGGGUGCCAUUUAUCAUCUGUCGCUCUCUCUCUCUCUCUCUCUCUCUCUCUCUCUCUCUCUCUCUCUCUCUCUCUCUCUCUCUCUCUCUCUCUCUCUCUCUCUCUCUCUCUCACCUGGCGUGGCAUACAAAACACAAAAUAACUCACCAAAGAACACUUACUGUAUCGUAGAUGCAUUUCUGAUCAAUUUCACUUUGGUAUGUAGCUUUAUUUGAUUGGUCUCACACACACUAGUAUAAUUGUUCCCACUUCUGCAAUCUCGCAUAUGAUCUCAAAGCAAUAAAAGAACAUCAGCCCUCCAGCACAUGAUUGCAUUUGAGAUGAAAUAAAAUGUGUCUUUUAUUUGUGCAUGUGCCCUUUUUGUUUGCCGGCUUCAGGAAUGUUCUCAUUCAAUUUAACACACCAAGCAUGGCCAGUGAUUGAAACAAUGUCAUAAAUAAAAGAGA